GCUGAUUCAUUGGCUGUGCCGGCGCUGGGCUCUGCUCGGCGGGGCGGGGCGGUGCCCGGCCAGGUGGCGUGUGGCUCUCUGCCGUGGAUGGCUUUACCCAUUCUCAGCCUUGCCCUCCUCCUUUCCCAGGGGAGCCUGGUGCUUUCCUCCACCAUCCCGCAGUAGCCCCUCUGGUGAGCAGCGGCUGUUGGCGGUGGCAGGACCAGGUCCCUGUCCUCAGCUGCCUGCCCUUCCCUUUGCUGGAGCUGAUCCCCUCUGAGACCAGCUGGCAGAGCUUCCCUCCGUUCCCCCAUGGUUGCCUUGCUCGUCCUGAUGUGUCCGUAUCGAGCCGUUGCCUCCGCUGUUUUCUGUUUUUCCUCCUUUGAGCUCCUCCGAGAUGCAGAUUUACGUAACCGGUGUGGAAAUAAAUAGAUGUUUUGGCUUCCGCUCUCAGAUAAUCAGGUGAGAAGAUUGGGUAUACCUUGUACAAGACCUCAAGCUGGAUCUCAAACCCUGUACAUCUAGGAUCUUGAGAACUGGAAAGAAGCAAGGACCAUUUGGCUAAGUAUCUGCUGCAGACUCCUUUCUCAUCAGUACUCAGAAGUGGCACAGCUUGUUUGAAGCAAUAGCUGUGUGGUUGGAGUUGGAGGUGGCUGCUGCUGGUGACAUCCAAGACCAGUUCCAGAUGCACACAAAAACGGAUUUGCCUUUGUGGCCCCAGUGGCAGUGUGAACCACAAAGCUGUGCUUCAGAUAUGGCGUGUGCCUAGCUUUGCCCUUAGAGCGACUGGGUGUCAGUUUGAAAGUGGCAUAUUGAAACUCUUUUAGCACAGAAAAAUCUAGGUUGGAAGGGACCUCUGGUGGUCAUCUGGUCUAACCUCUUGCUCAAAACAUGUUCAGCUAGAUCAGGGACAUAUUUAUUGUAGUGCAAGAUGUCUGCCCUGAGGUUGAUUUCUAACAGAACCUCCCAGCAGGCCUUGUCUAACUCUGAUUACACCUGGGAGUAUGAGUACUAUGAGUAUGGACCGGUGUCAUUUGAAGGCCUGAAGGCUCAUAAAUACUCCAUUGUGAUUGGAUUUUGGGUUGGUCUUGCAGUCUUUGUCAUCUUCAUGUUCUUUGUCCUGACUCUGCUGACGAAGACUGGAGCGCCACAUCAAGACAAUACAGAACCUUCUGAAAAAAGAUUCCGGAUGAAUAGCUUUGUGGCAGAUUUUGGAAGACCGUUAGAGUCUGAGAGAGUCUUUUCUCGUCAAAUAGCUGAAGAAUCCCGAUCACUUUUCCAUUUCUGCAUUAAUGAAGUGGAACACUUAGACAAAGCAAAACCAAGUCAGAAAGGUCCAGGUCUGGAAAGUAAUAUCCGCUUCCAGGAAGUUCCCAGGACCAGUGGAACAUUUGAGGAGGACCUGAGUUGUCUUACAAAAUUUAAUAUUCCGAACUUCGUGAACACUGAGCAGAACUCUUCACUAGGUGAGGAUGAUCUCCUUAUCUCAGAGCCACCUAUCAUUUUAGAAAGCAAAUCAGUCAUGCAAUCUUCUCAUCGGAUCCUUGACUGAAAAUUUUUACUUUAAGGUAAAAAAAAAA